CCUCACCUUCCAGCGAUAGUUGUAAGUGAUAACAGAGGCACUUCUUCGAACCCAAGACGCCAAACGUAACCACCUUAGAGAGCUUCAGCAAUGGCGGCGAAGAAGCAGCACGUGGGAAACGCGAAAAAGAGAAAGCAAAUAGAUACUGAAGCUCAUGAAUCUGCUUCUAAUUCCAAGGUUACCAAGUUCGUUCCGUCAAAGAAGCAAAAAUCAGACUCGGUUGGUAAAGAGAAGACGGCGAAGGCUUCCGUUACGGGCCGUGAACGUCGACUUCAUGCCAAGGAACUUGCUGAGGCUAGAAAAAAGAAGAGAAAGCGGCAUUACACUCUUGAGCAAGAGCUUGCACGUCUAUGGGAAAAGAUGAGACGCCACGAGAUUGCUAAAGAGGACAGAGCUAAGCUGGUGACAGAAGCUCUGCAAAAGAUGAAGGGGAAGAUUCCUGAGAUUGCAGGGUCUCACAUUUCUUCUCGUGUUCUUCAGACUUGUGUCAAGCAUUGUUCACAAGCUGAAAGAGAUGCUGUAUUUGAAGAGCUUGGGCCACAUUUUAUAACUCUAGCAUUCAAUGCAUAUGCUGUUCACUUAGUAAAGAAGAUGCUCGACAAUGCCUCCAAGAAACAACUAGCGGGCUUUAUCUCCACUCUUCAUGGUCACGUUGCUCCUCUUCUUCGUCACAUGGUUGGAUCAGUUGUUGUCGAGCAUGCUUACGAGUUAGCAAGUGCUGCACAAAAGCAAGAGCUGCUUUUGGAAUUAUACUCCACGGAACUUAAGUUGUUUAAGGACCUAGUCUCAUUGAAGGAGAGCAGGUUAUUAGAUGUAAUGUCCAAGUUGAGUCUACAGAAAGGUUCAGUUUUGCGACAUAUGACAUCAGUAAUUCAGCCAAUUUUAGAGAAAGGGAUAGUUGACCACUCUAUCAUACACAGACUCUUGGUGGAAUAUUUUAGCAUUGCUGAUCAGUCCUCUGUCACAGAUAUAAUCCAACAGUUAUCCAGUCCACUGCUUGUUAGAAUGAUUGGCACGAGGGAUGGAGCCAAAAUUGGAAUUCUUUGUGUAAAAUAUGGGAAUGCCAAGGAAAGAAAGAAGAUUAUCAAAGGAUUAAAAGGGCACAUAGCCAAAACAGCUUAUCAUCAAUAUGGGUGUAUGGUGCUGGUUUACAUCCUUUCAGUUGUUGACGACACAAAACUGAUAACAAAGGUUAUCAUCCGUGAGCUUCAAUCAACUCUAAAGGAUCUUAUUUUGGAUAAGAAUGGAAGACGUCCCUUGCUCCAAUUACUACAUCCUAAUUGUUCACGCUAUUUCAGUCCGGAUGAACUUUCUUCUCUGAAUUCAUCUAUACCUUCUCUGUCUCUCAAGGAUCAGUCAGAAGCAAGCUCUCAGACAGAUACUUUGAAGGUUUCCCUUGGUGACGAGGAAUCCAAAGAAGACAUAGAAGUGGAAAUGGAUGAAGUUAAUAAGGAUAAAACUAAUGUGGAUGAUUCUGACCUUGCUGAGAGUGGGAAAAAAGACCCAUUUGUUAGAAGGCAAGAGCUAUUGAUCAAAAGCGGGCUUGCAGAGAGUCUUCUUGAUAUAUGUAUUGAGAGUGUGGGAGAACUGAUACGGUCAAAUUUUGGCAAAGAGGUCUUGUAUGAGGUUGCAACAGGGGGUUCUGGUGGCAUACUGCUCCCAACUUUGGAUGAUAAGAUAAAUUCUCUUCACGAAGCCAUAGCAUCUCUUGCAGCAAUGUCUAAAUCAGAAGAUUCACAAGAGGAGCAUGUGCUCGAGAAUUUCCAUUCAAGUCGGACCAUUAGAAAACUGAUUAUGGAUUGCCCCAACUUUGCUUCCACUUUAUGGGAGAAAGCUUUAAAGGGGAAAAGUGAGAUAUGGGCGCAUGGUCACAGCUGUAAGGUUAUUUCUGCAUUUUUGGAAUCACCAGAUUCAAAGGUACAGGAACUUGUAAAAAACGAGCUGCAGCCUUUAAUAGAUAAUGGAAUUCUCAAGAACCUGAAGCCCAGAGAACAAGUAACCCAAUAAUUGUCAUGUAUUGAGAAGGAAACUAAAUCUCAAAGGACAGGGUAGCCGCACAAUAUCAGUAGCUAAUGCGCGUUUUUGUUAAGUUAUGCUGUGAGGCUGUAACGAAUUUCUGGAUUUGUAGAGAAUUGAGUUAUACAAGGCAUAAACUAAAUUUGUAUUGAGAAAGCUGCUGUCGGUGUAAUUUUGACAACCAAAAUAAUACACUGCAAGUUCAUUUGCAUUAC